AUGAUAUUGCACGAUCAGUCGUACAUUGAAGUAAAAGAAGAAAUUACUAUCGAAGAACAUCAUCUGCCUGAAUUCGAAAACUUGGGACGAUUGGAAGCAGAUAAUAAUCACACAUCCAACGGCGAGCGUCUGAAUACAUUGAAGGGAACUAAAAUUUGCGCUGAAGGGUUACGCAAUUCCGAUUACGAGUCGUACGUUCAAGUAAAAGAAGAAAUUACUAUCGUAGAACAUUAUCUGUCUGAAUUCGAAAACUUGGUGGAAGCAGGAAUGGAAGCAGAUCAGACACUCGACUUCAAGCAGAAAACGAAAGAUAUUUUAGCUCGGCAUCGAAAAGAGCAUAUGGGGCGAUUGCACUAUCAGUCGUACAUUCAAGUAAAAGAAGAAAUGACUAUCGAAGAACAUCAUCUGCCUGAAUUCGAAAACUUGGGAGGAUUAGUAGCAAAUAAUCAUCAAACACUCGACCUCAAGCAGAAAACGACAGAUAAUUUAGCUCGGCUUCGAAAAGAGCAUAUGGGGCGUUUGUCCACUGAGGUGUACAUUCACGUAAAAGAAGAAAUUACAAUUGAAGAAUGUCAUCUAUCUCAAUACGAAGACUUGAGAAGAUUGGAAGCAGAUGAUCACCAGACCCUCGACCUCAAGCAUAAGGGAACAUUAUCGACAAGUGUGUUAUCCUGUAAGAUUUGCUCCACGCCUUGCAGAGAUUUAAUGCAGCUGAACGAACAUUCGGCAACUCAUUUACAGAAACACCUUGCAUGCAAGGUUUGCCAUAAAACAUUCAAAACGAAAGAUAGUUUAGCUCGGCAUCGAAAAGAGCAAAGAUUCCAAAUGGACUCAUUCACUGAAGUAAAAGAAGAAAUUACUAUUGAUGAACAUGAUUUGACUACGUACGACACGCUAGAAUUGGACGCAGAUAAUGAUAGUACAUGCAACGUCGAAACUCAGAAUACAGUAAUGCAAUCCAAUCCUUGCUCUAAACCUAACAGAGAUUCACUGCAUCUAAAAGAGCACUUGUUCACUCAUCCAGGGGAACGCUCUCAUGCCUGUGAAACAUUUCCAUUUAGGUGUCAAGUGGAAACGUUACCGCUCAGCAUCGAAGUAAGCAUACAAAAGAAACUAUGUACGUCUGCAAGAGUUGUUAUCAAGGGUUCGUAUACCCAACAAGUCGACAUACCUACGCGAUUGCAAAAUGAGUGGUACAUUCCAAUUAAAGAAGAAAUUACAAUUGAUGAACAUGAUCUAUUAGAGGUCCAAAAUUUAGAGAUAAAAGCAGAUGAACGUCGAACAUUGAACACUAAAGAUCAGAAGACAUCCAAGAAUGUGCUAUGUUGUAAGAUUUGCUCUCAACCUUGUGGAGAUUUUAGAUUGCAAAAUGAGUGGUACAUUCCAAUUAAAGAAGAAAUUACAAUUGAUGAACAUGAUCUAUUAGAGGUCCAAAAUUUAGAGAUAAAAGCAGAUGAACGUCGAACAUUGAACACUAAAGAUCAGAAGACAUCCAAGAAUGUGCUAUGUUGUAAGAUUUGCUCUCAACCUUGUGGAGGUUUGCUGGAAUUAAACGAACAUUUGCUCACUCAUCCGCAGGAACGAACUCAUGGUUGCGAUGUGUGCGGUCUAAAAUUCAAAUGGAGAAAAAAUUUAGUUCAGCAUCGAAACACGCAUUUUAAAAAAUGCAACAUUUGUCAGAAACAGUUUAAGUGGGAUUCCGAUGUACUCAUUCAUGCAAGAACACAUUCAGACGACCGCCCUUUUGUAUGUGAUUUUUGUAGUUCGCCACAUCAGAGCAAGCAUGAGCUAGAAGUUCGCCGAAAUAGGCAGGCGAAAGAAAAACAUUACAAUUGUGAAAUUUGUCAUAAGAGCUUUUUAACAAUGACAAGUUUCCUUCGUCAUGAGGUGGUUCAUUCAGAGUAUAGACCAUUUGAAUGCGAUUUUUGUGAACAGACUUUCAAAUCAAAACAGUUUUUACAAGCUCACCGAAAUACGCACACGAAGGAAAAGUAUUACGAGUGUGAAGUUUGUCAUGAAAGAUUUUUAUCAUCUCAAGUGUUAUGCAAUCAUAAGAUUGUUCAUUCCGACCACCGUCCUUUUGAAUGCGAUAUUUGCAAAAAGACUUUCAAAGAAAAACGAUCUUUACAAGUUCACCGAAAUACGCACACGAAGGAAAAGCGUUACGAGUGUGAAGUUUGUCAUAAAAGCUUUUUAACAAUAUCAGGUUUAUGUCAUCAUGAGGUGGUUCAUUCCGACCAACGCCCUUUUGAAUGUGAUAUUUGCAAACAGACUUUCAAAGUAAAAUUUAUUUUACAACGUCAUCGAAAUUUGCACACGAAAUUAAAGCAUUACGAGUGUGAAGUUUGUCACAAAAUAUUUUUUUCAAUUGAUGAUCUUCGAACGCAUAAGCCGGUUCAUUCAGACGCGCCCUUUUGAAUGUCAUAUUUGCCAACAGCGUUUCAAAACAAAACACGUUUUGAGGACGCAUAUAAAUGCACAUACGAAGGAAAAACGGUUUCAUUGUCAAAUUUUUAAUAGAGCCUUCAUAGGUCCAAUAGCGCUGAGAAGACAUUUUAAUACUCAUUCACACGAACGAUCCUUCGCUUGCAAUAUUUGUAAUUGGAAGUUCGAUACGAAACGUAACUUACAGGAUCAUCAGAAGAUCCAGAAAGACGAACAGGAAAGUAGCUGACCCAUUACUUUUUAAACGUGAUUAAAUAUUUUACCGUUCUGUGCGAAUGGCAACUUCUGCUAAUGUAUUUGAUGGAUUUCGAAAAGAACAAGAGUUUAUAGUUUCUGGAAAUGGAGAAAAUGUUGAAGAAGGAAUUCAGUUUAGUGAAAAUAACCAGAUGAAGUGAAGCGUAUGAGUUGACAAACAAUAAUACAAGCGAAGAGUCCAGCCAAUUUUAACCUGAGUGAGUGCCUGAAAAGACAAUUAUACGUUUUAUAACAUUAAUGAAGAGUAUAAUAUUUUAACAUUAUCUAAUAUAGUUUAUGGGAAAAUAAAUUACAAAUUUUA